AUGGCGUCCGUUCUCAAAGCUCAAAAGUCCAACGCGCACAAGGCACACGUAGUGGGAAAAGGGAAGAGAAAGGCAGACGACAUGGAUGUCGACGAAACGGAGAUCCAGCCUAAGAAGAAGCGCAACAAGCAGCGCGUACUCUUGUUGUCUUCGCGGGGGAUCACACACCGCAUGAGACACCUCAUGAACGAUCUGGAGGCACUUCUACCACAUGUAAAGAAGGAUUCCAAACUUGACUCAAAGUCUCAGCUUCAUCUCCUUCCUGAGCUUGCCGAUCUCAAUAACUGUAACAACACGCUUUACUUUGAGGCUCGGCGUCACGAAGACCUUUACUUGUGGGCUGCGAAGACGCCCAAUGGCCCGAGCAUCAAGAUGCACGUACAAAACGUCCACACCAUGGACGAACUCAAAAUGACUGGCAACUGUCUCAAGGGCAGCCGGGGGAUUCUUAGCUUUGAUAAAGCAUUCGAGGACACGGAAUGGGGGAGACUAACAAAGGAGCUUUUCACGCAUAUUUUUGGUGUUCCACCACAAGCCAGACGAGCAAAGCCAUUCAUAGAUCACAUCCUCUCCUUUUCGAUUCUCGAUAACAAAAUAUGGUUCCGGAAUUUCCAGAUAAUGGAGAAGGACCCAUUACAGCCGAACGGCCCUCCUCAGACCUCUCUAGUAGAGAUUGGUCCCCGUUUUGUCCUCACGCCAAUCCGGAUAUUCGAAGGUGCUUUCCAUGGCGCCACCGUGUACUCCAACCCAGAAUUCAUUACACCUACUGCUGUACGUAGGUUGGAACGACAAGAAAAGGGUAUGAAAUAUGGUGCCCGUAAGGACGCGGAGGAAGAGAGUAGCAAACGGAAGGAGGCGCGCAAGAGAGACGAGGAUGUCCUAGCGGUCUCGAAGGUGUUUGCAUGAACGCAAACACCUUCCAGUGCUGGACAUUGCAGUAUUGCUACGCAAACGUUGAUCCGAGAACGUAUGGCAAGGACUCAUGACAUUAGUGCGUUUGACCCGCCGUCCCCGUCCCGAACUUCCGUACCCCAUUUCUUGUAGUCGCCCACUAAUGUUGAUCAGGGGUUACUCGUUAGAUUCGAGAUAUGAUUUUGCGGGGUGGAUUACCUACAUGUUAUCUGUAUACGGAGCGUGAGUGAGUGUUCU